ACAGUCAAAUAUUCUCGACUGAUACCGAAAAAGCAAUCAUUAGACACAAAAACUCAAAGAUGACCGUGUAUAACAGUGAAAUGAUCACUAACUGAUAAAUGAAUUUCAUCUAAAUAAUUAAUAAUAUCCUAGAGACAUAUGAAGCACGAUAACGCCUAACUUUAGGAGUCUGCGCAAAAUGAGCGCAUCUUUGACAGUAUGAGGACACCAUAGACGCACAUGCGUCUCCUUGUUUUCAUGAAUUUAAGUUCUAGUAGUAUCUUUCCAGAUCCCUUGUUUGUAAACGAUGUGGAAACGGAUCCACAGGUCGUUCAUUCACGUGUCAGCGGUCUCUCUAAAGAAGACGCCUCUGCAUAUGAAGGGGAAGAGUGCUGCCGAUCAGAGAUGGCUGGUGCGGCAGAUCAAUGACCCUUUCGUCAAAGCUGCUCACGCGCAGAAUUACCGCUGUAGAAGUGCCUUCAAACUGAUCGAGAUAGAUGACAAAUACAGACUUCUCAAACCUGGCUUGAGUGUCGUAGAUUGCGGUGCUGCGCCUGGUGCAUGGAGUCAGGUUGCAGUCCAGAGAGUCAACUCAGCAGGAGAAAGUGUGGAUCUUCCUAAAGGAAGCGUAAUAGGAAUAGAUAUAUUACGCUUUUCCCCCUUGGAUGGAGCUCAGCUGCUGUCCCAUCAUGACAUCACUGAGCCCUCGACUCACAUGGCGCUGGAGAGGCUCCUCCCUGAAGCUCGAGCAGAUGUCAUCCUCAGUGACAUGGCGCCCAAUGCCAGUGGGCUCAGGGAGCUGGAUCAUGAAAGACUGGUCACCAUGUGUCUAUCAGUGCUGGUCUUAGCUGACAAAGUUUUGCGCCCCGGGGGCUCUUUGAUUUGUAAAUACUGGGAUGGAGCUUUGGCCCAUAAGCUCCAGCAGAGGCUUUCCUCAAUGUUUCAAGAUGUAAAAACAGUAAAACCAAGAGCAAGCAGGAAGGAGUCCCCAGAGCUUUUCUUUCUGGCGAGGAUGUUCAGAAUAAGAUAGGAUGAAGCCUUUUUCAUGCAAAUACAUUUUUAAUAUAUGCAGUUUAAAUAAAUGUAUUGUAAAUGUAAAUGUAAAAAAAAAAUAUAUAUAUAGUUUUGUUCCUAUUACUUAUAUAUAUAUAAAAACACUUGCCUGCAACCAGAUUCUGUGCAAUAAAAACCAGAAACUCAAUACAGAUCCUGGAUAUAAAUGGUGCAGCAGAAUAAUUAGAUUCAGGUGUUGAAUAUAACAUUAUGUUAAGUCAGAUUUGCAUUUUCAGUUUAUUAGGGAGGCCUAGGAGUGUUAGUUUCAAAUAAUUUUAUAAAGAAAUGAUUGGCGUGCAUCUAAACUGCUUUUUAGUGAGUGAUUCCAUAUUUAUAGUGUUUUUUUGUUGUUGUUUUUUUGUUUCCUUAAGCACAUAAAACAAAAGCACAGAGAGAAUAUUAAAAAAGGAGAAAUAUUUGCUUAUAUUUUAUUUGCUGGAUUAAAACAGUGGUUCUCAAACAGUGGUUUGUGAAGGAUUCGAAUUGAUUUUUUUUAACUAAUUAAAAAUAAUAAGCUAAAUAGAUAAUUAAAAUAAUUAUAACUGACAAAAAACACCAACUCAUGACAAUAAAUGAACAGAUUGUAAUAUUAAUAAUUUACAUUAAAGUUAAGUUUAAGUUUGCAGUAAAACUGUAAGUCUGUCCCUCACAAUUUCAUUUCAGUGACAGUCAUGCACUGUGUUCAAUCCAACCCCUUACCUAACAAACAGGAGGCUCAUUUAGGCUUUACUAGUUAAUGCUCAUUUGCUUAAAGUAGCAAUGUAUUUAAUUCCAAUUAAAUGAACAUGAAAGAACAUGUUUAUGGAUCAGCAAAAGUUAUUUCAUGAUUCAUCCUUAGGCUACGAAUAUUGUACACAACUUAACAUAAAAGCAAUUGUUUUGAGGAAGCCGGUUUUCUUAAAGACUUUGCAAAGUGUUUCUGUUGUUAUAAAUAGUCACAUUUAUGUGAAUAAUGUAUGUACAUUUAUAAUGUAUGUAAGUGUUCGGUCUGACUUCCUUUGAAGAAAAAUUCUAAAUAUUUAUGUUCAUUAGUAACUGUCUAGUUAUAGUUGAUAAUAACAGCAAAAUGGCAGUCUGCCAAAUUUAUGGAGUUAAUUUACAGAAAGUGUCCACACAAUAGAUUAAAAUAAUUAAACUGUUUGGGGGUGAAUUAAAUUAAAGGGAUAGUUCUGCCAUAAUUUACUCAUCCUCAUGUCAUUUCAUCCAAACUUGCAUGACUUUCUUUCUUCUGUAAAACACAAAAGAACAUAUUUAGAAGAACGUUGGUACUCAAGCAGUUUUUGGUUCCUAUUGACUGAAAAAGAAAAAAAAAAUACAAUGGAAGUCACUGGGAACAGAAACUGUUUGGUUAUCAACAUUCUUCAAAAUACCUUCACUUGUGUUCAGCAGAAAAUAGAAGUGCAUGCAGGUAAGAAAUAAGCUAAUUUAUUUUAAAGCUUGAUUUGUCCUAUUUUCAAUUAUUUUUAGUCAUUAAGGCUGCUUAAUGGGCCUUGGCCCUCUGGUUCACUAUCCUAAUGAGACUGGGAUGUUAGGUGGUCUGUCAUUUUGCUUUUACUCUUUGUUCCACCACCUAAAAAAAGUGUAAGAAACACUGGACCGGAAGACAUUCAGCUUGCCAGAAGAUGGUGCUCUUGAGUUGCCAACGUGAAAGCAGCAGACUGACUUUUGUACCCAGACUCUCACACCCCGGCGUGGACCGGCUGUUAUUGGGAGCACUGUUUUUCCCGACCGUUUGAGAGUCGAGUGCUCAAGAGUUAAAAAUCCAGCAUUGUCAUUUGCAUUUUAGCAAACUCCUGAAGUGUGGCUUAUUUGACAACACUUUAAUUUUGUGUUUCCCUAACCGGAAAGCUAAAUUGUUUGCGCAAUACCGAAAAUCAGUUUUUCCAGCCGUGUAGAAAAUGCAAUCAUUCUCUCAUUAUAAGCCGAGGAGCUGCAGAGAGGAUGGAUAAGUGUCUUAUAGACAGUAUGACUAAUGAGAAUCCUUUGUCCCUGUAGCAAUGCAGUCUCACAGAUAUUAGCCUGACACAUUAUAUUAUCUCAGACACUGGCUUUCUACAGUCCAGCUGUGAAUGACAUCCAGCUUGUGCUGCAUGGAGAGUUUAGACCUAACCAUUGGUAGUACGCAGAACAGAAACAUUAGAGAUAAUAAAAUGGGGUUUAAUGAUUCAUAGAGGUUAGAUCGGAGUUUAUUCAUCACUAAAGCCUCGUGGAGUUUUAUGGUUAUAGUUACAAGGAGAACUCCUCAAACUUUAAUAGCUCAAAGUGUAUGCUGUAGGUUUGAUUUGAAAGCAUUAGAAAAAGAAUGUCAGGUUUGGCUCUGGAUUGCUCUAAUCUCAAACUCAGGGAAUCUUCAACUGAGAGACUCAAACAUACCUAAAUGAAUUCUGCCGGCAGCUCUGGCACUUUCAUAUUCGACUGAGCUGCAGUGUGUUCCAUACAAUAUGGAAAUUCUUGCAACCUCACUGUUUAAUCUGAGCGCCUGUGUCAGCAACAUGUUUAAUGUGCAUGCCGCUUCGGUCAAUUUGAAUGCUGUGGUUUUUGAUCAUCGCUCUGACGUAUCAAACGCGUGCACUUGAGGGACAAUCCACUCCUGCGUCAGUGACAUGUCAAAAGAGCCUGGAGAAUUCAUUAUGGAAGAUUAAGGAAUUUAUUUGGGAGCUUAGUUUUAUACGCCUGUUAACGGUUGUAAGAGUGGAAACUAGUGUCUGCAGGGGUUCAGCCACACUGAGUGAUAUGAAAAUAGUACAAGGGGUUGUGCUAAAUUUAUAAUAGCUUUUUUGGCCCCUGAAGUUAUCGUCUUGAUUUUUAUUCUUUCUAUAAGGUUCAUUGCUGGUAACUCACGUCCUUCUGGUUCCCUGGAACGUCUCAAAUUCUCUUAAAGGUCAGAGUUCAGGCUGUCCAGUGCACUGUAAUAAUGUGCCGUCUAACAUUUCAACAGACUUGAAUUUAGAGUUGGAUAUAGCAAAAACCUUUGGCAAAACUUUUUAUUUGCAUUUCUGAGGUUGUGCCCAAUAAAGAAUCCAUGCCUUCUA